GACUCGGGGUUUGCAGGCCAGACAACAGUGUUUUCAGCUACCGUGUGUUACCCUGCCACGUCUGCAUGGAAAGCAUCAACAAACGACCAGAAUGAGCCCAUUUCUGGUGCUGAGCCUUCUCCAAGAAAGCUUCUUUUAAAAAGAUGAUCGUUCCUGAAGUGGUGCGUGUGUGAGACACCAUCGUGGGCCCCGUGAGAGGCCUCUGCAGGUCAUGCAGUAAAACAUCAACUAACCUGAAAGCUGGCCAGUGUUUGAGGGGAGCUGCUGCCGCCGUCCCUGCAAGGCCGAGGUUCCUGCUGUGCAGAGCGGCCAGUCUGACCACGUUGCUAGGAGCCGAAUUCUGAGUGUGCUGAGCCCGGAAGACGACAGGAAGCUGUGGCAAGAGGUUGCUGCAAGUGGAGGGAGGAGCCCAGGAGGUCCUGGGGUGUGGCUCAGGAUCUGCAGAGCAGGGUAGGCAGAGUGGAGGAGGAGAGACUGAGGCACGAGAGGGGAGCGGGAGGAAAGGGGAAGGAGAGGCAGCAGCCCAGGCCUGGUGUGAGGCCUGCAAACUCCCAGACGAGCCACCCCUCCCCAUGGCCUCCACUCAGGCUGCCGGGAAGAGCAGAGGGGAGAAGCGGAAGAGGGUGGUGCUGACCCUGAAGGAGAAGAUUGACAUCUGCACGCGCCUGGAGAAGGGUGAGAGCCGGAAGGCGCUGAUGCAGGAGUACAAUGUGGGCAUGUCCACCCUGUAUGACAUCAAGGCCCAUAAGGCCCAGCUGCUCCGGUUCUUCGCCAACUCCGACUCCAACAAGGCAUUGGAGCAGCGGCGCACCCUGCACACGCCCAAGCUGGAGCACCUUGACCGGGUCCUAUAUGAGUGGUUCCUGGUGAAGCGCUCCGAGGGAGUCCCUGUGUCCGGCCCCAUGCUCAUCGAGAAGGCCAAGGACUUCUACGAGCAGAUGCAGUUGACCGAGCCCUGUGUGUUCUCUGGAGGCUGGCUGUGGCGCUUCAAAGCCAGACAUGGCAUUAAGAAGCUAGAUGCGGCCAGUGAGAAGCAGGUGGCAGACCACCAAGCAGCUGAGCAGUUCUGUGGGUUUUUCAAGAGCUUGACUGCUGAGCACGGUCUGUCCCCUGAGCAGGUCUACAAUGCCGAUGAGACUGGCCUUUUCUGGCGGUGCUUGCCAAAUCCCAGCCCGGAAGGUGGGACUGUGCCUGGUCUCAAGCAGAGCAAGGACAGGCUGACUGUUCUUAUGUGCGCCAAUGCCACAGGCUCCCAUAGAAUCAAACCCUUGGCGAUUGGGAAAUGCAGCGGCCCCAGGGCUUUUAAAGGCAUCCAGCACCUGCCCGUCGCCUAUAAGGCCCAAGGUAACGCUUGGGUGGACAAGGAGAUUUUUUCUGACUGGUUCCAUCACAUCUUUGCUCCCUCGGUGAGAGAGCACUUCAGAACCAUAGGUCUGCCUGAAGACAGCAAGGCCAUUCUCCUGCUGGACAGCUCCCGGGCCCACCCGCGGGAGUCUGAGCUAGUUUCUGAUAACAUUUUUACCAUCUUCCUGCCCUCCAGUGUUACCUCGUUAAUUCAGCCCAUGGAGCAGGGCAUCCGGAGAGACUUCAUGAGGCACUUCAUCAACCCGCCCAUCACCCUGCAGGGCUUCCACACCCGCUACAACGUGAAUGACGCCAUAUUCAACGUGGCCUGUGCCUGGAACGCGGUGCCCAGCCAUGUCUUCAGGCGGGCCUGGCGGAAGCUGUGGCCUGUGGUCACGUUUGCCGAAGGCUCUUCGGAGGAGGAGGAGGAAGAGGAGGAGGCGGAACGCUUCAGAGCCAAGCCUCACGAUAAGACUUUUGCUCACAUCCUUGAGCUUGUGAAAGAGGGUCCCUCAUGCCCAAGCAACAGGUUUCAUAAAAGCGCGGUCCCAGAGUGGGGUGCAAUGGAAAGAGAGGUGGAAGAGGUGCGUCCCUUGGCUGCCGCAUCACCAGCGGGGGCCAUUUGGAACCCAGAAAAGGCGAAGAAGGAAGCCAGCCAAGACAGCGUGGGAGGAGACGUGGGGGAGGGCACCGAGGCGGCCUGGGAGCAGGCAGCCGCAUCCUUUGCUGCGCUUAUCUGCUUUGCAGAGAGGCAGCCUUGCUUCUCCCUGCAGGAGGUGGGGCAGCUGCGUGCGCUGCACUCCGUGUUCAGGAGGCACCACCAGGUGAGGCGGCAGCGCGCAGCUCUCAGGGCCAUGGUCAAAGUCGAAGCCCUUCAGGAGCGUCCUGGCGUUUGCACAGCCUCGGCCCACUCUCCUUUGCCCUGUUCGUCCAUGGCAGAUGAGAACUGAUAGCUGUCACCCGUGGCUAUCAGCUCUUUGUUCCACAGUGCCAUGUGGUCAUCCUGCCUAUACUGUCGGCCUGAGGCUGGAGAGCAUGCUCAGACCCUUGCGAGCUCUCCUGGGAGCAUGGGCACUGCCAGAGUGGAGUCUCAGUUAUUCAGAUUGGCCCAUCCUCCCUGCUAAUUGGGGUCUUAUGUUCUCACUUGUCAUCUGAAUGAGAGGAAAUAUUCUGGAUGAGUCCAUUUUUACCUAAUACAUACCAGAGCUCCUCCCUAGCUGGAACUGGGUCCAGGCUGGGCUGAUUCUGGGUCUCAUGUUAGCUGGCUGAGCCUCGCUAUGUCAGAGGGUACAGACAUUGUCUGUCCUAGAGGCGAGAAGCGAUUCUGCUGGCUGAGGGGUGGCAGUACCUGUGCUGCCAUCAGACACCACGUUUUCCAAGGCCAGCUCUCCUGCCCCUUGGGAGGCUUGGUCUGCUGGGCUAGACUCCAAACAUGGUGCCUGAGGGCAGGUUGCAGGGGCUGGGACCCGGUUCGUGAGUGCAUGAGUGUAGCCCUCGCUUGUGGCUGUACAGGAAAUGCAUCCUGCCCUGUUUACAUGUCUCCAAUUGGUCAUGACCUCACUCAGCAGUGUAACUCUGGAGCAGAUGUGAUCCUGGAAUGGACGUGCCCCUGUUGCCGGCUGAUCUCAUCUUGCGUGCUCUGACCCGAGGGUGUGGGUGAGCCCCAUCUUGAGUGGUCAUUAGGGAGUUGCUUCCUGUAAAGGAAGAGGGACUGUCCAAACAGGUCCUGUUCAGCACCCGGAUAGAGGACCAUGGGCACCACGUGGUGUUCUUAGUGUUUGGCUCAGAGUCCAAUACACAGUCCAGUAUACCACGUUCCCCAGAAUUUCACAUUGACGGCCUUUAUGUGAAUAAAUCUUGAUCAGGUGUUCAGAAAAUAGUCUUAGGUUUGCACAUAAGUCACUGAAAACAGCAAAACAGGCUGCUUAGACUUCUAGCAAUAUUUGAGCUUUUAUUCCCAGUAACACGUUAGUAGCCCUUUUGGGAAGGGUUGUCUGUACUGGCUGUUUUUACAGAGGCUGGUUGUAGGAGGACAUGAUUGUUUUCCUGGAUUGUGCAGCUGAUGUGCGGCUGUCCGUUUCACUAGCCUGCUGUGUGUCACUGCCUGUGGCCGUAAUUCUGCAAGACCGCUGUGCGCAGUGCUCAGGCUCCUUUGAGGACAGACAGGAUAGUGUUUAUCUGUGCUCUUUUCGUUGCUUUACCCUUGAGUUCUCUUCCCUUCUUGAAUUCCCAUCACAACAGCUGAGUCAGCACAUAGUUUUCAUUCCAUGUUUGCUGUUUAUCCACCAAGAGGCCUUUGUUCCCACGACACCCUGAGAGCUGCAAGAACUCAAGGGAGAGGUUUGGUUUGCCGUUGUCUCUCUGGUAUGUCUACUUCUCCGCAAACACUGAGGCGAUUGUCACUGGUGGCGUAGCCCUGCAUCAUGCAAGUGUGCGUGUCUUGCUUUAAAUGCACAUGUGAAGUUUAUAAAACUAGAUAGUGUUGAAAGGAUUUGUUGCGGGUUCUUGGGGCUCCAUUGCUUCGGGUCAAGUUGCUGUCAUGCCAUUUCCUUCAUGUGUCUGGGUAGCGUCUGCGUAUCCGUGUACUUUGUGCCAUUUCUGGGCUCGUGUAUGUCUCCCAUGGCUGAGCCUCGUAACAGACUGAGUUACAGCUGCUUGAGGUGUCACAGGAGAUUAGAUGUGGGGAGUCGCUCGUUGGUGGCAGCAUUGAAAGGCAGACGUGUGGAGAGGAUGUCUCCCUAGGGUUCCGCAGCAGCAGGACUUGCUGCAUGGGCAGAGCCAGGGGAGGGAGCAGACGGGGCAGGUGCGGUUCUUGGCUGGCCCUCCUCAGCACCCCGCGGAUGGUAUGUCCCCAGGACCAGGACCCUUCUCUUGCCCCUCGCAACCUGCUCCUGUUCUCACUGUUGUGGCUGAUCAAUAAACGCUUGUCAACUG